GAACGCUCCAAGCUCGAUAAUUCUGCAUACAAUGGCCGACCGACACGUGUUGUUUCUCUUCGGAGGUGAUCAAUCGUGGAAGUCCAGCGCUUGGACCGCUUCCGACGACCGCGUUCGAGGGGGUCGCAGUCAGUCUUAUUUGCGAUGCCAAAAUGUCGGGCCAGCAGAGUUCCAUGGUCAUCUCGACAUCACGGCGCUUGGGGGCGCUGGGUUCGCAUCGCAGCGGACUGUUGGGUCCCUCGACCUGGAUUUGACUUGUUACGAAGGGCUCAGCAUCAGCAUCAGUCACAGUGACGGCAAGAAAUACACUUUGACGCUGAAGGACGAGAUAUUGCCGCGGCGACCUGAUGGACGCGAGCAGAGUACAGUUAGUUGGGAGUUUGAUUUUGUGCAUCCUGACUCUGGUGAGCUGUUUAUCAAAUGGGCCGAUUUCAAGCCGACAUAUCGAGGGAAGCCGAAACCUGACACGGCCCCGCUGGAUCUCGCCCAUGUACAGAGAAUCAGUUUCAUGAUGCGAAGCUUCUUCGGUGAGCAGCAGGGAGACUUUGAACUGGCUAUCAACCACGUUGCGGCAUUCAGCACGCGAUCCUCGUCCGGGUCGUUGUCCCUUUCGUCGUCGACAGCAUCAGUGGAAGUGCCCGACUUGGACAAGGUUCAAGAUAAAGGCAAACAUACACAGGACGGUCACCGCGAGGCUUCUUGGAGAAAGUGGUUGUGCGGUUGGGCUAGAUGAAGGAUCGGAGAACGAGAGGCGUUUGCCAGGGGGGCAGCCGAUACUGUGCUGGCAAAGACAUCUAGACCCACGUGUGACUUUCGUUUAUCCCAUCCCUCGAGCACAUGCCUGUAUCAUGCUGUCAAAUUACGAGAUACGAGCCAAGACCUUAAGCAAAUCGCCAGUCACUCCCAUAGCUGUUACCUCGCCUCCCGCUCCAGCACCUUGGAUGAUGAGUGGGUUGCCACCAUACCUCUCGGUGUAGAAGCUGAUGAUGUUGUCACUGCCCUUUAGCGCCGCAAUAGGAUGCGUGGCAUCGAAUUGUUCCAAGCCGACCUUGACCUGCUUAGAGGCGACAUCAAUGCUGCCGACAAACCUCACAACCUUACCCUCCUUCUCAGCAGAAAGCUUGGUCUGUUCCAUCUCAUAGUCAAAACUAGGAAGUUUUUCCAUGAACUCAUCGCCGCUGGUGCAGCUUUCGAGCUCCUUAGGGAUCAGGCUCUGGACGGGAAACGACGUAGGGGACUCCACGGGUAGUCCAGCCAGUCUGGCCAGGAUGGUCAACUUGCGAGCGACAUCCAAACCAUUCAGAUCGUCGCGCGGAUCGGGCUCGGUGUAGCCAAGUUCUUUAGCCUUCUUCACCUCAGCGGACCAUUUGCCACCGGCGCCCGACGUUGGAGCAAAGCUGUUGAAGAGGAAAGACAUGGUGCCGCUGAAAACACCUUCAAUCUUAGUGACGCGAUCCCCCGUCUCCACCAGCUCUUUCAGAGUGGAGAUAACGGGAAGUCCAGCUCCAACAGACGACUCG